AUGGGAGUGGUAGAUCUCCUUGGUGCUGAAGAGCUUGACAAGUUGAGGCGUGCCGGGAUGCAGCGCAGUGGAUGGAAGCUUUGCAAAUCUGCUUGGAUUUGGCCCAAGGCGCCCAAGCCCAAGGCGCAGAUUGACCAAACCUGGGCGGUGGAUCGGUGGAUCAUCACCAAGGUCCGCCAGUUUGGGUUCACCUUAGCUGCCUUAGCUGCAGGUGAGAAGGGCCUGUGGGAGAUGCCAAAUGCCCUUGGGCUGCUGUUGCUGGCCGCCUUUGAGCGUGGCUCACAGUGGCGUUGGGCACUGCUGUUUGCUGAAGGCAGCACAGAGGGAGUCCGACAAGGUCCUAUGGCACCAGAUGCAGUGACCCUUACCACAGCUAUGUCCGCUUGUGGACGUGGGCGGCACUGGCGCGGCGCCUUGCACAUUUUGGAGGAAAUACGACGUGGCAGCUGCGCUGAUGCCGUGGCGUUGAACACCGCCCUUGGUGCCUUAGCUGCGGCCCAGCGCUGGCAACUCGCUGCCCAGCUGUUUGCGAAUGAGAAGGUCCCGCAGCAGGGAGCUUUCCACGCCCUGCUGAGCCACCUGGAGGCCACGAAAGCAGUGUCCUUUCCGUCCUUGGUGGCGCUGAACAGCGUGUGCAGCGCUUGUGAGAAGGCCAGUGAGUGGGAAAUGGCCUUGGCUCUCUUGAGAGGUCCGGAGCAUGAUGCCAUCAGCUGCAGCGCUGUGAGCUUGGCCUGCAGCCAGGCCUCGCGCUGGUCCUAUGCUCUCUGCCUGUCAGCACCUGAUGAUUUGCCCAGUCGCAGCAAGCUGGUGAGGAAGGCGGCGGACUCUGGUGCUUCAAUUUUUGUGCCAUUACAACAGAAUCUUCUCAUGACUGCAAGUCUGGCUGUUCUCAGCUGCUGGGUUGCAUGGAACAGAUGUUGCGUGGUGGGUGGUGCGUAUUAA